UCUGCUGGCCGCGUCGUUUAGUUUUAGUCCGUUUGGGCGAUGUGGCGCCAUAGCCAUACUACACCGUUUACAUUUAGCUUAUACUUGUACGAUUUUACGUUACUUUGACUACCUUUAAUUUCACGAAAUUGUGCCCGUUGUUUAGAACGUGCGUCCAAGCGAAUCUUCAUCCAGCUGAACAUGCCUCGCAGACGACAGAGACAUAUGGCAGGGAGUGGUUCUGAUGGAACUGAAGAUUCGGACUCUUCUGCUGAGAGAGAGCAGACCAAUAGUUCAGAAAGCGAUGGGACCCGGACCAAGAGACAGCGUCUCACCAGAGCCUCCACACGCCUGAGCCAGAGUUCUCACGAUACGGCUGACUUAAAGCAGGCUGCGGAUCAUGAUGAAUCCCCGCCACUGACACCAACAGGAAAUGCGCCAUCCUCCGAGUCUGAGCUGGAUAUCUCCAGCCCGAAUGGCUCUCAUGACGAGAGCCAGGCCAAAGAUCAGGUCAACCGAGACUCUGAUAAGGACCUCUCCCACCGACCCAAACGUCGCAGGUGCCACGAGACGUACAACUUUAACAUGAAAUGCCCAACCCCUGGAUGUAAUUCACUGGGUCACCUCACAGGAAAGCAUGAACGACACUUUGCUGUGUCAGGAUGCCCUCUGUACCACAACCUGUCCGCAGAUGAAUGCAAGGUGAAAGCUGUCAGCCGUGAGAAGCAAGAUGACGAGAUGAAGGGACAGGAAGAAAGCAAUUCCCGCCAUGCAACCCGUCACCAGACGCCAACAUCGAAGCAGAGCAGAUACAAAGAGCAGGUGGCUGAACUGAGGAAGGGGAGAAACUCUGGGCUGCAGAAGGAGCAGAAAGAAAAACACAUGGAGCAUCGACAAACGCACGGCAACACCAGGGAGCCUCUGCUGGAAAACAUCACCAGCGAUUAUGACUUGGAGCUUUUCAGGAAAGCUCAGGCUCGUGCCUCUGAGGACCUGGAGAAGCUGCGCAUCCAGGGUCAGAUCACGGAGGGGAGUAACAUGAUCAAGACCAUCCUGUUUGGGCGCUACGAGCUGGACACCUGGUACCACUCGCCCUAUCCCGAGGAGUACGCCCGCCUGGGUCGCCUCUACGUGUGUGAAUUCUGUCUCAAGUACAUGAAGAGCCAGACCAUCCUCAGGCGACACAUGGCCAAGUGUGUGUGGAAGCAUCCUCCAGGAGAUGAAGUGUACAGAAAAGGCGCCAUAUCUGUGUUUGAAGUUGACGGCAAGAAAAACAAGAUCUACUGCCAGAACUUGUGUUUACUUGCCAAACUCUUCCUGGACCACAAGACGUUAUACUACGACGUGGAGCCUUUCCUCUUUUAUGUCAUGACUGAGGCCGACAACACAGGCUGCCAUUUGGUGGGAUACUUUUCCAAAGAAAAGAAUUCCUUCCUCAACUACAAUGUUUCUUGCAUUCUGACAAUGCCGCAGUACAUGAGGCAGGGCUUUGGCAAGAUGCUCAUCGACUUCAGCUACCUCCUGUCCAAAGUGGAGGAGAAGGUGGGUUCGCCAGAGAGGCCUCUGUCGGACCUCGGCCUCAUCAGCUACCGCAGCUACUGGAAGGAAGUGUUACUCCGUUAUAUGCACAACUUCCAAGGAAAGGAGAUCUCGAUCAAAGAGAUUAGUCAGGAAACUGCCGUCAAUCCCGUGGACAUUGUGAGCACGCUACAGUCUCUUCAGAUGCUCAAAUACUGGAAGGGGAAGCACUUGGUGUUGAAGCGACAGGACCUGAUCGAUGAGUGGAAAGCAAAGGAAGUCAAGAGAGGCAACGGCAACAAAACCAUUGACCCCAGCUCACUGAAAUGGACCCCUCCCAAGGGGACUUAAGUGCUCCCGCCCUCAGGCUACUUAAUAAACUCGCCUUCAGCAUCACCAGCCGCAAGUAGCCUCGACCUCCUGUCAUUGUAGAUCAGACUGUCUUUCUUCGUUGUUGUUGUUGUUUUUUUUUUUCCAGCUUCUUACUUUUUUUUUUAUAUUGGAUCCCUUUUGUCCAUAUGUUUCAGUCAAAUCAAAAGGUGGAGAAUUUCAAGUUGAGUUUCGAAUGUUCAAUGACAGUUGAUCACAUGAAUGUUGUGCCCUUACAAAAGAAUACAUAACUACAUUAUGGAGCAGUUAUUGUCCUUUUUUUCUCCCUCUUUGAAGCCGAAGAAAGCAAAUGAUAAUGACGUUGUCUUGAGGUGCGUCGCCCAUUUUUUACGCGCUCCCUCCCAUCGAUGCAGGAUUCAUACCCAUUCCUCUGGUAAACUUGCCUAAUAAUGAAAGAAUAUAAUUUUGGAGUUGCUGCAAAUUGAAAUUCUGACAGUACCACUGUAAAAAAAAAAAAAGCACAUAAAAUCAAAUAAAACAACCUCAGGUUUUUAUACUGCUA